AUGAUAAUCUCAACCAUUAAAGCUUAUAUUGAUCAAAAUAUGGCAACACAAACAAACUUGAUUAACAAAUUAAACGAACGACUAGACUUAUGCUUCAAUCAACUUAACAACAAAGAGCAAACUUCACAACCCAGCAAUACUAAUCUUCAACAUAGCAACAUUGCGCCGCUAACUCAUAACCACGAAUUCAAUUUAGCACAACACGAAAAAAAUAAUAACACUCAUAAUACAAACCAACAAAGUAAUUGUCCUUUAACUCCAAUUCUCAAUAACCUCAUAAUUAGCUCCAAUUCACACGGUGCAACCCAAGAAGCUGCACACACCACCUUCACUACAAACGCGUCCGGUCAGGGUAUUCACACAGCCCAAUUCAACCUAUCUCAUCACAUCACAGCAUCCGGUCCACCAGUUUUACA